AUGAAAGUAAGAUGUGCUCACUACAUACAUAGAUUGAGACACAGGUGCUUCCUGUUCUCUCUGUCUCUGCUGGUGGUCUGUCUGCUCAAGCUGGUCUACAUUAAAGUGACCGUGAGGGACAGUGUCUACAUUGAACCCUAUGGUAUCACUGUCAGCAUAUCCGGAAUCCACAACCACAGAUAUGACAUCAACUGCACUGCCAUUUACGAGCUUGACCCUGUGGAGAUAGGCAAAGCUCUCGAGAUAAAGCAGAAAAUCACCGUUGAUGUGGAUGAUUAUAGCACUGUGAGUUUGACCUCAGACUGUCAAACAUUUAUUAAAACAAGGGCAUACAAUGAGGUUCCAGUGUCGGGUGCAGAGCGGAGCUUCCCCUUGGCUUACUCUCUGGUGGUGCAUAAGAAUGCACCCAUGGUGGAGCGUAUUCUUCAUGCCAUCUAUGCCCCUCAUAAUAUCUAUUGCAUUCACUAUGAUCAGAAGUCCUCUCCAGCGUUUAUAAAGGCCAUUAAAAACCUGGCCCACUGUAUUCCAAAUGUGUUCAUUGCCUCAAAAUUGGAAUCUGUGGAAUAUGCCCACAUCAGCAGGCUUAAUGCCGACCUCAACUGCCUCUCUGACCUGCUAAGGUCAGAGGUCAAGUGGAAGUAUGUUAUCAAUUUGUGUGGCCAGGAUUUUCCUCUCAAGUCAAACUAUGAACUGGUAAUGGAGCUGAAGCAACUGAAUGGCAGUAACAUGCUGGAGUCCAGCCGUCCCAGUGAACUCAAGAAACAGCGCUUCUGCUUCCGGCAUGAGCUGAAAAAUGUGCCUUAUGAGUAUCGUCGUAUCCCUGUCAAAACCACCGUGGCCAAAGAUGUUCCUCCUCAUGGUAUCGAGAUGUUCAUCGGAAGUGCAUAUUUUGUCCUGUCAUGGGAUUUUGUGAAUUACAUUAGCAGCAGCCAGGUGGCAAAGGACUUUCUGGCAUGGUCUGCUGACACAUACUCACCAGAUGAACACUUCUGGGCCACCCUUGUCAGGAUUCCUGGGGUUCCAGGACACAUUGCCAGGUCAGAAGCAGACAUUACAGAUCUGAGGAGUAAGACACGACUAGUCAAAUGGAACUAUUUAGAAGGAAAUCUUUACCCAGCCUGCACAGGUACUCAUAUGCGGAGUGUUUGCAUCUACGGAGCUGCUGAACUUCGCUGGCUUCUUAACUAUGGCCACUGGUUUGCUAACAAAUUUGACCCCAAAGUGGACCCGAUCCUGAUUAAGUGUUUGGAGGAAAAGCUGAUGGAAAAACACCAGUACAUGUCAACAUGA